UCCCAAAUCCUUGUCUCACUUGCUAGUUGCUACAAUGGCGUUCUCAUCCAGCUUUCGCCGUCUUUUUGCCGGAUCUAGUAACAGCCUCUUGUCUUCUCCAUCCUCCUACGUUCGCCACUGCUCAACUCUUACGUCUCCCAAGCUCUUCGUUAGUGGUCUUUCUAGACUCACAACAAAUGAAAAGCUUCAGGAUGCAUUUGCAUCUUUCGGGGAGCUUGUGGAUGCGAGAGUGAUCACAGACAGAGAAACAGGGAGAUCAAAGGGUUUCGGAUUUGUGACAUAUGCAACAAUAGAAGAUGCAGAGAAGGCCAAGAAAGAAAUGAAUGCAAAGUUCUUGGACGGUUGGGUGAUCUUUGUGGAUCCUGCAAAACCUAGAGAACCAAGACGGCCUCUGCAGCAGGAACCUCCUCAGUCUUAUUCUGGAUCUGGUUUCACAACCAACAAAACCAUCGGCUGGUGUAAAUGAACAAAAAACCCAACUGACUACUUAUGUAUGAAAUAAAAUCAGAUUCUUGGAGCCAUUCAUCUAUUUUGAAGACAAAGUCAUAUCCUUUGGAACCUUAACUUUUCCAAAGGAACCUUAACUUUUCCGUUUUGGAGAUA